AUGAAGUCCAAGGACCUCAACGGAGUCAAAGGCUACGUCCCAAUUGACCAUCCUUCCCCUGGAAGUGUGUAUACCAGUCCAGCCACCCCACCUGUGUGGUCGGACGGUCUGGCCCGUUGGCAUGGCGAUGAUGGAGAAGGGGCGCGGAGCUGCCUGCUUCAGUCACGCUCCAGCCUGGAGCAGGACAUCAGGGCUUCCUACCUGAUGGAUCACAUGAUCAGUGACGGCGUGCUGACGGGGGACGAGGAGGACAGGAUCAGGAGCAAGCCCACCAGGAGAGMGCAGGCGGCGGCCCUGCUGGAGCUGCUCCUGAGGAAGGAUAACCAGGCCUACAUCUCCUUCUACAACGCCCUGGUCCGUGAGAGCUACGGAGACCUGGCCAGCCUGCUCCACAACAGCCUGCCCCUGGUCUCCCCUGAGGCUGAGAAGAGCUUCUCAGACGGGGGCACCCGCUAUGGUGAGCUGCCCCCCAGGGUGGAGGAUGGAGAAUACCAGGAGACUAGRGCAGUCUGA